ACUUUAACUGACCAAAGCCACACUAGCGGCUAACGCGACGAAAAAUAAACAAAAUAAAAGAAAAGUAACAAAUUUAUUCCUAAAACAUAUCCAGAAUGGUUUACAUACACUUCCCUAGCAAUCUAACAGAAGAGGAGCAGAUGCUGCAGGCCAAAUAUCAGAAGCUCAAGAAGAAGAAAAAGGCUCUCCAGGCUCACAAGGCGCCUAAACCAGAGCCGGAGAGCUCCAUGACCCUGAAGCGGCCCACGGAUGCCCGCGAUGCGCGCGAGGUGGCCCGCAAACUGAUCAAGAGCGGCGCCAUUCCCGCCAUCCAGAAGCAGCAGACGAAGCAGGAUCAGACCUCGUUCAAGCGCCCAAAGGGUCAGGAGCGCGCCAAACGCUCCACCUCGGAGACCAGCUCCUAUCAGCCCUUCUCCUCCACGCAGAAUGACGUCGCUCAAGAGACAAUUAUCAGUGAGAUCAUCAAGGAGGAGCCGCGUAGGCCCACUCCAAAUCUGUACCAACACUUUGCCACUGAGCGGGAUCGCGAGGAGCGCGGCCUGCCCGAGAAGGUGCCGAUGGACACGACGCCUCCGCCAGAAAAGCCGCGGGCCGGCAACACUAUCUUUGUGUCCGGUAACAAAGUCACGGAGGAUUUCCUAAAGAAAACAUUCAACGAUUACGGCACAAUAGUGAAUGUAUCCAUGGAAAUCGAAAAGAGUCGCGGCUUCGUUUCCUUCGCCAAGCCCGAGUCCGCAGAUCGCGCCAUUGCGGAAAUGCAUGGAAAGAAUGUGAACGGCAUCAAUUUGCAGGUGCAGCUGGCUAGACGCCAGCCCCAAAUAGAGCCCAUUAACGAUGCCUCCUCAUCUGCAGUCUGGUCUUCUAUCGCUGCCAGCAAAUCGCAGAAGGGCAGUCACAAGGACCAUCGUGAGAUGGUUCUGUACAACGAGGACUUUUUGCUUUAAGCCAGCAAUAUCAUUCAUAACUUUAGUCAUUAUAAGUGAACAAAUAAAAAUCAAUGUUUAAGUA